CAGUUUGUCCUUCGAGACAUUGUAGAUAUUCUCUCCUCGAUGGGUAAAGACAUUAAAAAUUACGGACUGCCAUCCAUGCAACUAUCUGGGGAGACGAAUAGAGAUUAUUAUAGGGAGCUAACUGAGGAGAGAAAAAUUGUUGUAUCUGAUGAGGACAUUAAAUUAGCUGAGUCACUUAAUGCUGAGGAGAUGGAAGGUUUCAACGAAAUUUUAGAUCAUGUUAUGACAAAUAAAGGGAAAGUUUUCUUUGUAGAUGGUCCUGGUGGGACCGAGAAGACUUAUCUUUACAGGGCACUUUUGGCCAGAGUUCGGUCGACGGACCACAUCGCAAUAGCUACGGCUACGUUUAGAAUUGCAGCAUCCAUCAUGCCUGGAGGUCGGACAGCACAUUCGAGGUUCAAAAUUCCCAUAAAACUUGAAGAUAAUUUUGUGUGCAACUUUACCAAACAAAGUGGUACUGCAGAACUAUUGUGCGAGGCAUCUUUAAUUAUAUGGGAUGAGGUUGCGAUGGCACGAAGGCAGGCUGUAGAGACACUUGACAGAUCUUUACAGGAUAUUACAGGAUGUGAUUUACCAUUUGGUGGUAAAAUAAUGGUAUUUGGAGGGGAUUUCAGACAAGUUCUACUUGUUGUUCCUAGAGGUACUAGAGCACAAAUUUGUGAUGCUACCUUGCUUCAAUCCUAUAUAUGGGAUGAUAUCAAGAUAAUACGGUUGAAGAAGAACAUGAGGGCCCAGAAUGAUGUAUGGUUCUCGCAGUUUCUAUUAAGAAUUGGUGAUGGGACAGAAAAGACAUUCCCACAUGACUAUGUGGAUCUGCCGGAUGACAUUAUGCUUGAGUAUAAUGAUGAUCUGUCUAUUGAUACUCUCAUCGACUAUGCCUCGUGCCUGGUCCGGCCUGCUUCCUCCGACUUGGGCUACUUGCACCUCAUGCUGGUGCUGGCCUGCCGCGCUGCCUGGCCGGCCUGCUCCUCCAGGCCCGCGCUGCCGCUCUGCAUUUCUGGCCUGCAGCGCUGCCGGCUAGCUGCUUGCAAAGGCCUGCUUGCGCACGACCUGACAGCGCUGGCUGCCCGCCUCGCCUGGCAGUAG